AUCCCGUGCCGCAGCCAUGAUGCCGGUGGCCACCGUGAUGCCCAACGACACGCCCCUGUUUGACCCCAGGAUUCUGCACGAGCUGGACUGGAGCGAGAACACCACGACGUUUUCUCCCGCUAUUUCUCCCCUGGACCCGGGGGAUGGGCUGGUUCUGAGGCCACUUUGCACAGCUGAUUUAAACCGAGGCUUUUUCAAGGUUCUGGGUCAGCUGACAGAAACUGGAGUUGCAAGCCCAGAGCAGUUUAUCAAAACCUUCGAGCACAUGAAGAGAUCGGGAGAUUAUUACGUUACCGUCGUGGAGGACACAAACCUUGGGCAGAUCGUUGCUACAGCAACGCUGGUUAUAGAACAUAAAUUCACUCACUCCUGUGCCAAGAGAGGGAGGAUAGAAGACGUGGUGGUCAGCGGGGAGUGCAGGGGGAAGCAGCUUGGAAAACUAUUAAUAUCCACCCUCACCUUGCUAAGUAAGACACUGAACUGUUACAAAAUCACGCUGGAAUGUCUGCCCAAAAACGUGGAUUUCUACAAGAAGUUUGGCUAUUUGGUAUCUGAGGAAAACUACAUGUUCCAACGGUUCUUUAAUUAACAACUUCCAGGUGGUAAAAGACUGUUGGUGGAGGAGCUUGUGCUCCAAACAUUCUCUUCGUGGAAAACUUACAUAGUUUAUGGCUGCAAAUAUAAUGAUCCCUAUAAAUAAUGAACAUCAAAUGUGUAAAUCCCGGGAAAACAAAUUAAUGAGGUUUUAGAAGGGUCCUCUGGGUUAGGGGAAAAAAGCUUAGAACUAAUUUUUACUGCUGUUGAGUCGAGGUGAGGCUUUUCUGUUCUAGCUGAGUUACAAAGGACUCGUUAAAGGGAUGGUUUUUAACCAAAGGUAUAUAUUUUUAUCUCAAAUUUUUUCUUGCAUUGUAUUUUUCUAAAGUUUUGUGCUUCUUUUCUUGGUAGCCAAAGGACAGCCCCUGGGAUUGUCCUGCUGCCUGUGCUGAUGGAAGGGUGACAGAGCUUGGGAAGGGAUGAGGCUUCUCUUAUGCAGAAUUACUGA